AUGGGAGGCUUUUUUUCUACAGCGUCGUCGAACGUUCAUUCGGAUUUAUAUGCAGAACUCGAGAAAACUAGGAUAGAGCGACAGUUGGCAAUAGCUCAAUUACUCGAACAACGUCGGCGUGCAUACAAGUUCGCUGAAGAGCGUGAGAAGCUGAAUUGGUCGGCUUCAGGUGGAGGCAUUAUGAUGGUGUUUUGUGCGGUGUCUUCUUAUCACCACAAGAACAUCUUACACCUGUUACCAGUCUUCCCCACUUUAACGUAUUUGGGUUAUAAAGCACACUAUUGCUAUGGAAACAAAGCGAAUACAAUCAGAGAUGUUGCUGAUAAGCUUCUUCACGAUAACGUAGAUCUGAUGUCUCCUGCUCCAAUAUCUGUUCACGAUGUUCGAAAUCGGAUGGUCGAACUAAAGGAGAUGAGUCGGGAGGAAGAAAUGUUCUUGUGA